GAUGCCAAACAGAAAAAGGAUACAUUGCGCCCCCGGUGCGCAUUAUGCCCUUUGGAGUUCCCCCUCGAAAGUAGCUGAAAUCAACGCGCUCGAUCGUUCUCUCUCUCUCUCUCUCUCUCUCUCUUCCGACCUAUGCAAAAGGAGCUUCCGGGCAGUUUCUUCGCGCGAUUCUUUUCCCUCAUUGGGCUGCUUCUAAUGAGACGAUUUCCAUGACGAUUGCAAGUUUCUGCCGCCCAGUUCGAGACGCUUGGGUGUGGUCCAUUGAAAGUUGCUUUCAGCUCUUCCCAUGUCUCGCAGAUCCCGCUAAGAGAUCUUCAUGGGGUCUCAAACUAGCUUUGCUGGUCCUGCACCUGAUUUUUGUUGGUGUUUUGUUCCUAUUUGAUAGAUAUUUGAUACAGAAGACUAAGAAAGAACCAUGGUAUAUUGCGAUAUAUUUGGCGCUGUUUCUGGCGACCUUGUUUCAGUAUUUCUUCACGUCGAGUUCAUCUCCUGGGUACGUUCUUGAUGCAAUGAGGGCAGGGAAUGAAACGCAUUCUACCUUCAGCAGAACAUCAGCGACUUCAAAACAGCCUGCUUUGAGAAAAAAUGGAAGCUUGAAUUCCCCCGUAGAUGGUCGCCAGCUUGGAAGAGAUGUUCCUGGAGUGAAUACUACAUCCUGGGAUAAGCUCGUGAUGGAAAUGUACCCACUUGGAUCAUCCAGCAGAAAUUGGACUUGCACUUAUUGUAAUGUCGCGCAGCCUCCACGGUCAAAGCAUUGUCAUGAUUGCGACAAAUGUGUUCUUCAGUUCGAUCAUCAUUGUGUCUGGCUUGGAACAUGUAUAGGUCAGGGGAACCAUUGCCGGUUUUGGUGGUACAUUUUUGAAGAAACAAUUCUGUGCAUUUGGACUGGCAUCUUUUACAUCACUUUCUUGAAGGCCAAUAUUACAAGGCAAUGGUGGAAGGAUGCGAUCGUGAUAUUGCUUUUGGCCAUUUUGUGCAUUUCCCUCAUUUUUCUGCUCUUACUUCUUCUUUUCCAUAGUUAUCUGGUAUUGACAAAUCAAACUACGUACGAGCUUGUAAGGAGGCGACGCAUUUCAUAUUUAAGGUCGAUUCCUGAAAGGGUUUAUCCAUUCAGUAAAGGCAUGUGUAGAAAUCUGUAUAACUUCUGUUGUGCCCGCAGCAGCAUCUAUGCUAUGGAACCAUUGCCCACCGCUGAUGAACUGGAUGUCAAAGCAAGACCAUACACAUGUGUGGAUGUUUUUUCCUGUCGAUGUUGCUAGUGUAGACACGAGCCAGCUGGAGAUAGUGGUUUCACAGCGGAUUUUUUCCCAUUCUAACCAGUGCUACGUUAUCAAUUACAUUGGUAUUCUGUUGGAUUUACCUUCUGAGCAUUUGCAGUUUUAUGAUUUUAUCGUUGGGAUUCUUUCUCAUUUUAUUUUAUUUUAUUUUAUUUUUUUGUGGGAGCUUGAGAGUUUCAUGCACCACAGGUUUCUUUAUCUUUUUUAAACAUUUGAAUGAUCUUGUAGAGUGGGUAUGUUAAAUGACAAAGGUGGUGUUAGACUUGGGUGCUUCAA